CUGUCGAUGCCUCAGUGGCCCGGCCCGUGUGGCGCUAGCUCCUGCGGCCCCUCGUCGAGCAAGUCCCAUCGCCAGGCAAAGGACGAUCCCGGGGGCGAGUCACACGACCAGAACUUCCUCACCACCUGCGUGGGGAGCCUCUCGGAACUGGGGGAGCUCCUGAGCGGCAUGGUGCAGCUGUACAGGCGCAAGACAGGCGCGCCCAGGGCGCCGCUCACCUGGUGCUCAGGGGCGCUCCACGCGCUCUUCCACUACAUGCGCUGUUCACAGCUGGAGCACUCGGAGCACGGAUCGUCCCGCAGGGCCAUGGGGCCGGAGCUCAUCUACGAGAGGCCCUACCAGGUGCUGCCCCCUCUGGUAGAAUGGGUCCGCGUGGCACACGCGCAUGCGGAACACCGGCGCUCGCCCAUCGUGGACCAAGACGACGUGAUGCAGGCUGCCAGGUUACUCUUGCCAGGCGUCGACUGCCCCGUGCGAGCCUUCGGGCACCAGCAGGAGGAGCGCCUGCUGGGCAAGCGCCUGGAGGAGGCCGACUGGGCGCGGCUGGUGCAGACGGAGCUGGCGUUGCGGCUGCUGUCCCUGUGCGGCCAGGGUGGCCAGCUGCUGGCCCAGGCCCUGCCCCUGCUGCCAGCCAGCAGCCGGCUGGACACCCGGGACGAGCGGGGGCUCACGCCCCUCAUGCUCGCCUGCGCCCGCGGGGACGAGCCGGCCGCCCGCCUGCUCGUCCAGGCCGGCGCUGACGUGCACGCUGAGGCGCCCCUCUGCAGCGCACAGUGCCCACUGGCAGUACCCGAAACUCAAAGCUGGACUGCACUCACUUUCGCAACAACUCAGGGCAUAAUAUCAACAGUGCGGCUCCUUCUCGAGAAGGGUGCGAAUGUUGAAGGAAGUGCUGCUCCAAACGAAGAAAAGAUCACAGAAACCCCACUGCAGCUUGCUGUGGCUUUCAGUCAACUAGAGCUGAUGGCUUUGCUGCUGUCGUACGGCGCCAAUCCGUUCUUCUCGACUCCGUUCCGCGACGCUCAGAGCUACGGCGGCGCCCAACCCCGAGGCUGCUACGGCGCGGCGGCCGUGGCCGCGGCUCACGGCCGGCGUGGGGCGCUGCGCACGCUGCUCGCCCACCGGUCGCCGCCGGACACUCGCGACGCAGACGUGCUCUCGCUGCACGAGAUCCUGGCAGAGGGCGUGGCUGGCACCACCGACCGCAGGAGACCCAAGGUUCCAAGCCCCACCGGGGAGCCGGACUCCGUGGACGGGUCGAUGUGCAAGUCCAACCGGCUGAGCAAGGCGCACGUCAAGGCUCUCCAGGAGGCCAUGUACCAGAGUGCCGAAAACGGGUACCUCGAGAUCACGCUCGACUUGAGGAACAUUGGCGUCCCUUGGACGCUGCACUGCUGGAUGCAGACGCUGACGACGGCGCACGAGCAGCAGCUGGAGAACACCAUUGACGAGCUGCUGCAGGACUUUCUGCACGUCUGGCCCGAAGACUGCAGCGCCCAGUUCGUGGACGACUGUCUGCCGCUGCUCUUCUCCAUCUUCAGGCACAGCAAGAACGAAGGUACGACGCUUCUGAUGGCCGACAUCUUCUCGGUUUGCUACGGGGAAGACAGCAUCAAGGAGAUCAGAGAUGUCUCCCUCUCCGGUGGUGCGAGGAUUGAUCCCAAGUAUGUGAACAACCCGGAGAUGUCCGACGUGCAGUUCCGGGUGGAGGGGCGAGUCUUCUACGCCCACAAGAUCAUUCUGGUGAACGCCUCGCCGCGCUUCAAGUCCAUGCUUUCCAGCAAGUCUGCGGAGGGCAGCCCGCCCGUCGUACAGAUCAACGACAUUCGCUACGACGUCUUUCAGUUGGUGAUGCAGUAUUUGUACAAGGGUGGCUGCGAAGACUUUGACAUUGACCAGAGCGACGUUCUCGAGCUUAUGACAGCGGCCACUUUCUUCCAACUGGACGGGCUGGUGCGCUUCUGCGAAGCCCGCUGCUCGAAAAGCGUGGACCUGGACAACGUGGUGGCCACGUACGUGCACGCCAAGGUGUACAACGCGGUGCAGCUGCUCGAGUACUGCCAGGGGUUCCUGCUCCAGAACCUGGUGGCGCUGCUCACCUACGACGACGGGGUGCGCAAGCUGCUCUUCGGAAAGCGACUCCACAACCACGACGUGCUCAGCGGGCUCCUGCUGACGCUCCAGGCGAGGGUCAAGCAGCGAGGCGCCCACAGCAAGGCUCUGCACAAGCGCAAGUCCGCCAAGGACAAGAUCCUCGCGCAUUCCGCCAUCGCUGCCAAGUAGUCGUCCGAUCCUCGUCGUGUACUGCGACGUGGCCGCUUCUUCUAGCGGACGUUUGACGAGAAUAGGGGCUCUCGGUUCCUUAACGCCGUGCGGACAUUUGUAGAAUUGCACUUAGCGCGAGCGCGUGGCUUUGGUAAAGGCUGCGGGUGAACCGAACGUCAAUUGGGACAUAGUGGACUUGAAAGGAGCGAGCCUGUUUCGCCGCGCCUUCCACAGCAGUGCACGACGCUCCGCUCCUCAACGUGCGUGAUGACCGGCUGGAAUCUCAGGUAUUCAUCGGAGAUUCGGUCCAAGUUGGGAACAGUGCUUCGUCUGUGUGGACUUCCGGACUAUUGCGCCGCCAUCGCCGGAACGUUAUCGCGCCAUCCGCAUCGCGUACCGUGAAACGGGCCUUACGAACGUCCCGUGUCCGUAGUGCGUCGAAGCACCGUGGGAUCACGUCUCAACUGGAUUCCCUGACGUCAUAAUUGCCAAAACUGUUGUUUACACUGGCCAGAAAACUGGAGUCAGACGUCAUGGUUGCGUAUGUAGCCCGCUGAAUUCUCACUUUUUUCCAUCUUAAGGGAUGCACAUUUUAAUGACUUGGUGGGUGUCACUCACCCAAGAGCUAGGCUCUUCUCCUCCGAAUUAUCUCGAUGUAGUUACUCUUGGCACGGUGCGAGAGUUUGUUACCAGUAUUUGUUUAUCGUCGUCGCCCGAAAUUUGGUGAUGAAAAGUCUGAGUGUUUUACGAAGCGCACAUAUGCAUUUGCUUUUCAUGUUUUGGCCUCUCGAAAUGGCAGAGCCCUUCUCUGUAAUUAUGUUUUGCAUCCUGACAGUACGACGGUGUUCGAACCGAUAUCUCAAAAGACACACUUUUGGCCUGGGGACCAAGGUUAAUUGUGCCAUCUGUUUGUCACCUUGGAAGGGGCAUCAAGUGCUGUAGAUAGAUUCAGUUUGCCGUCCCUGUUAAGGGAUGUUUUAACAGAAGGGUUGUUUGCUGCAGUGCAACGUGCGUCAUCAAGUUGCGCACCAUGUCACUGCCUAUCCGCCUAAAGCCCCUCUGAUGACGUGGCCACUGUAUCAUUCCCCUCUAGACCUAGCUUAGAUGGCAAAGUUAAAAAAAAAUGGGGCCACUAAAAUCUUGUUGCUUCAUUUUGAUUUGUUAAUAUUUACUAAAACCUCAUAUCGGAGACUUUUUUUUUUUCAGGUCGCAGCUACAGUGAAAGGCACAUUUGCCUUUCAUUUCCACUCAACCAACAGUCUUUAAGCUGCGCUGUCAUUGAAGAAUUUUGAAAAAGUAUUAUUAAGGGAUACAACAAUUAUUUUAGUGAGAGAAGAAAUCUUUUUUUUCAACAGACUUUUUAACACAUAGGGUAUUUUUUAACCCUCACUUAAAUGUCUUAUUUUUGCUACUUUACGAGGUGCCAAAUACGCACGAAUUAUUAUUAAACAUUGUUCGACAUUCCUCAGAUUUUACACGGCAGCUUAGGAAUCAGGAAGUAAUCGACCAAUUCUUUAACCCUCAGCAUGUUUUGCUGGUUUUUCCACGUUCAACUUUGGCUCACCGGCUUUGAGGUCAUCGCCGCACAAACUACCUCAACAUUUAUUCCCUCCCCUUAAACUACUGUGAAUCUAGGAAUUGUACAUAUUCUGAUCAUAUAUCCCACCGAAGUAGCCGAUUAUAUUUAAUUAUGUGCAUGUAUGUUUGUAUACACAUAAUUGUCACAUUUUGCAUUGGUUUCAUUUUUUUUCAGACAGGCUUAACGCACAUGUCCCCGCAGUUGUCAUCCUUAAUUUCCGAAAUUAUUUAAGUAAUAUGCCCACCAUUGCAUUCAUCUUUUAAGCAAGAUGGUGGCCAAUAAAACAAACUAAUUUUAACUUGCGUGAGUCUUAGUUUGUUCUUGCUUGCCAGAAGCACAUCUCUCCAAAACGCAAUGCAUUUUGCUUCCGCCCUAGUGAUUAUGACUUGUAAGUAUAUUUUUGCUGUAUUUCAUUUUUAUUGUUAUAACCUAACAUUUCGUGAAUGUGAAUGAUGCAAUAGUGCCAUUUCAUGAAGGGAUUUCAAGGUUAUCGCUCUCUUUUGAAGUGUAAACAGCCGAAACCGAAGUCAGGUGAACUUCCAGGCUGUUGUAAAUAGUUUUCAUUUGUUUGCAGUUUUUUUUUUUUCUUUCUUUUUUUUUUUUUCCAGGUUGAGCGAGUAGUGUUUGGCGAGUGUGGCGUCGGAAGUGUUAAAGUCGAUCAGCUAAAACGUUUACAUUAAAGUUAAUUUUAAUGCGGUUUUAUUUUUCUAAGACUUUUGUAAGUGCAGCCAAACGAAGUACUUUGGUUUCACGUAAGCCUACAAGGAGAAAGGGAAAGUUUUACAGAGUGUUUUGCAGUUCGUUUCGGAAAGGAAAAGUUGCAGCGCAGGUGAAUUGCGCAACAAGCGUUUGGUAGGCUUGACACUAACUUCAGAGAGCAUGCAGAUUCCUUGUGAUGUAAGGGGGGCGGCCGUUUAAUAAAACUCGUUGUUGAGUCCAU